CAACCAAUCACUAUUGAGAAUAGCCGUCGCUCCGACUUCCUUUCCACAUGUGAGCCGAUAAUUUCACCAUCCGUCAACGAUGGCUCACUAUAACUUUAAGAAAAUCACGGUUGUACCACCCGCAAAGGACUUUGUUGAUAUUGUUUUAUCCAAAACCCAACGAAAAACACCAACAGUUGUUCACAAACACUACAAGAUCUCCAGAAUAAGAACAUUUUACAUGCGAAAAAUCAAGUUUGCCUCUCAAACGUUUCAUGACAAGUUCACUCAGAUUAUACAAGAAUUCCCUAAACUAGAGGAUGUCCAUCCAUUCUAUGCUGACCUGAUGAAUGUGCUGUAUGACAAGGAUCAUUACAAACUCGCCCUCGGCCAGAUCAACACUGCCCGUCAUCUCAUCGACAAUGUGGCCAAAGAUUACUACCGACUGCUGAAGUACGGUGAUUCCCUGUACAGAUGUAAACAGCUGAAAAAAGCUGCCUUAGGAAGGAUGUGCACAGUAAUGAAGCGUCAGAAACAGAGUUUGGAGUACCUGGAGCAGGUACGACAACAUCUCUCUCGUCUGCCAUCAAUAGACCCCAACACCAGGACGCUGCUGAUCUGUGGUUUUCCUAACGUCGGCAAAUCUAGCUUCAUUAACAAGAUAACUCGGGCAGAUGUAGAGGUCCAACCUUACGCCUUCACAACCAAGUCCCUAUUUGUUGGUCAUACAGAUUACAAGUACCUACGAUGGCAGGUAGUUGAUACACCUGGGAUUCUAGAUCACUCAUUGGAGGACAGAAACACAAUAGAGAUGCAGGCCAUCACAGCUCUAGCUCAUCUACGGUCAGCCGUCCUGUACAUCAUGGACGUGUCCGAACAGUGCGGUCACUCCCUAGAACAACAGCAUAACCUUUUCAGCAGUAUAAAACCUCUGUUUUCAAACAAACCUCUUAUUGUCGUAGCCAACAAAAUUGAUGUAACAAAAGUAGAAGAUCUUCCAGAAGACAAACAGCAAAUAUUUAAAGAUUUUGAAGAAGAAAAUAUUCCAGUAUUACACAUGAGUACUCUGACAGAGGAGGGAGUUAUGCAGGUUAAAACUGAUGCAUGUGAAAAACUUUUAGCUCACAGAAUAGAGACGAAAAUAAAAUUGAAGAAAGUGUCGGACGUAAUGAACCGAUUACAUGUGGCCAUGCCAGCUAAAAGAGACAGCAAGGAGAGACCGCCAUGCAUACCACCAGGAAGGCUUAGGAAAGAACAGGCAAUGGACACCGGAAUCAAGAAAAAGACAGAGCGAGACUUGGAGCUGGAGCAGGGAGACGAUUACUACCUGGAUCUUAGGAAAAACUGGGAUUUAGUCAAAAAAGACCAGACAUAUGAUGUCAUCCCCGAAAUCUGGCAAGGUCACAAUGUGGCAGACUUUAUAGAUCCAGAUAUCAUGGAGAAACUUGAUGUACUUGAGAAAGAGGAGGACUUACGAGAAAAGGCUGGUUACUAUAACAACGAGAGCAGUGAAGAGGAUGAGGAGAUGAAAUUUAUAAGACGCACAGCCAAGAAGAUUAAAGAAAAGAGGAAGAUAAUGACAAUUGAAUCAAGAGAGAAACGCCGCAUUAACAAGCCUCGUCUGCCAAAGAAAGCACAGAAGAUUGACGCAAAUGACAUGGCGGCUGAUAUGGGAGAAAUGGGUGUGGAGAUUGAAGGAGGGACUCAUUUGGCUAGAGCUAGGUCCAGGAGUGCCACCAGACAAGCCCAGAAAAGGAAACGCAGCGAGUCCACUGCUAUGGAAAGUACUGCCAAGACUAGGAGCCAGAGUCGCUCAAAGAUGCCAAGGGAUAAAUCUGGUGUUCGGGAUGUUGUGAUGGCCACCAAGGUGAAGAAGAUUGCAAGGAAAGCACAAGUUCCACGAAACAGAGAUGCCAAGAAGGGUGAGGGUGAUCGGGUGAUCCUUAACAUGAUGCCAAAACAUCUGUACGCUGGUAAACGUGGAACUGGCAAAACGCAGCGGCGUUAAAAAGAACAGAUGGGUGGAAUACAGACAUCAACAAACAUCAAUACACAUCCUCGUAACAUAAGUGUGUCUGUAACAAGGAUGAUUCUUGCACAGACAUAAAUUGGUUUUGGUGAGACAAAAUACCAAUAUUUUGUUGGUAUAUCUUGAGCCAGAAAGAUUAUUAAGUGAUAAACAACGACAAAACAAUGAAAAUUGACAAAGCUGUAAUUUUCAUAACGUGACCGUGACUUUAAUCCGUAACAUCAGCGAUCAUAUUGUGAUCGUGACUUAAAUCCGUAACAUCAACCAUGUUUUACCCUUUCAAUAAAUUAAUUUGAUGAUGGUG